CGAGGCGCUGAGAAGGACGAAGGGAGCAAAAAAAUGGCUCUUCACGGGUCGGGCGGUUCUUCGUUCCUGGUGCCUUGGGCAGCGGCCGUGCUCCUCGCUCUGGGCGCGGAAAGGGCCCUGGCGCUACCCGAGAUAUGCAUCCUGUGUCCAGAGAGUGUGCGAAAUUUGUCAGAAGUGACCCUUUAUUGUAAGCAGACACGAGGGCUAAUGCUGCACAACCGCUGCUGCCUGAAUCAAGAGGGCACCAUCGUGGGGCUGGAUCUCCAGAACUGUUCUCUGAAGGACCUUGGUCCAAAAUUUCCUCAGGCACAUACUGCUGUCAUCAUAGACCUGCAAGCAAACCCCCUCAAGGAUGACUUGGCCAACACCUUCCAUGGCUUUACCCAGCUCCAGACUCUGAUACUGCCACAGGAUGUCAGCUGUCCUGGAGGUAUUAAUGCCUGGAAUACUGUCACCUUUUAUAUAAACAACCAAAUCUGCCAAGGGCAAAGGAACUUUUGCAACACCACUGGGGACCAAGAAAUUUGUCCUGAGAAUGGAUCCUGUGUACCUGAUGGACCCGGUCUCUUGCAAUGUGUCUGUGCUGAUGGCUUCCAUGGCUACAAGUGUAUGCGCCAGGGUUACUUCUCACUGCUUAUGUUCUUCGGUAUCCUGGGAUCCAUCACAUUAUCUAUCUCCAUUCUGCUUUGGGGGACCCAACGCCGAAAAGCCAAGGCUUCAUGAACCACAUAAGUCUUCAUACUGACAUAAAGAUCUUCUUGAUCUUAGCCCAACCCGGGAGAUUUUCCCCCUAGACAACCAUGGUUGGCCUGCAGAUCUUCCUCAAGACUGAAGCCACCUUUAACAGAAAGAUGGACAGUUGCAUAGCCUUGGGGUGUUGUGGACACUGCAGUCCAAGAAUGGACUAGAAUCGGUGCCCCAUUUGUGCUGGACUAUAAUAAACAUCUUUUUUGUCGUUCUUUUUUCUAUUUUUUAGA